CUCUUCGGAAAAAAAAGCAAGGAAAAUCUGCGUGGGGAGAAAUCACUUUUCUGGAAAAUGGAAUCCUUUUUGUCUCUUGAUGAGCUAUGUAUUAGUUUCUCGGAUCACGAUUUGAGAACCAGCGCUGAUUCCAGAACCCAAGACCAACAUGAAAAGGAUUCUUGCUACGUACUAAAGGACAGCAAAGACCACCGAGGCUCGCUUUGCGUGCGGGAUGACUUUCAUAAACAGAGAAAAGGUAAAAUGAAAGAAUUCCAUCUUGAAGCCGAUAAUGUCGUGGCAAAAAACGAUAGUCGAAAUACAUAUGCUUGCAAAUUACCAGAUAUAAAACCCACCAAUAAAUCGAUGCAAAUGAUUCAUGUUAUGGCGGGGAAAAUGGGACGGAGUCGAAAGUUUUACUCCAUCAAUGCGGACGAUUUCACAGUUGGAGCAAAGCCAGGGACGUUUAGUGAUCUAAGAAGCGAGGAGAGAGAAGAGCUGAACGCCAGCAGAAGACGCCGAAAUCACUUGCCACUUGGGGAAAGUAAAAACUAUUCUGGUGGACAAAACUGGAAAUGUAAUCCUGCAAAUGAUGCGAAGUCUCUCAUGGCUAAUUGGACCAGGGGAAAAGAACCGUACUCCGGCUCGGCGCAAAGCGGGUUCUUGGCAGCCUCACAGAGGAAAAUCUUUUCCCCUCGUCAAUCAGUGAAAAGUGGCCCCCAACUGAUCGAAGUAAACGAAGAAUUUGCUGAGACCUUACAAAUGGAUUUACCGCAAAAGGUUACUAAAUUUCUAGAAAUGGAAAUCUCGCUUAUCAAGGGAAGAGAGAAAACAAAUGCGAUGCAAAAGCGUAAAGGAAGUGUCUUUUCCACCUACCGUGCUUCUGAUACCCCGGAAGGUGUCGAUCUUAAAUUGAUAAAAACGAGAAAAUCUUGGGAUUCUGCCUAUCUUGACAGGAUGGAAAGAUUAUAGAAAUGCAAACUCACAUUAUGUACGUGGCUGGAGAAAACAGCUGCC